AUGCCCCAAGCCGGGCUAGGGCGGGGGCGCAGGGAAGGGGCGGGUCCCUCCGCCAACUGCGCCCUGGAAGAGGCGGAGGCGUCGGCGGCACCAGGCGAGAGCAGCAGCCGGCUGGCGGCGUGUGCUGGGCGGGACAAAGGACGGCUGAGCGCGGCUCCGGCAGGGGACCGGAGACCGAGGGCGACCACGGCGGAGGGAGCCGUCGGCCAGGCAGCCCCGCGAGCUCCCCUUCGCGGCGAAGGCGCAUCGCCCGUGCGCCCUGGCCUCCGGAUCCCCCCAUUCGGCGGCUUCCCUACGAGCAGUGGCUCCCGGUGUGCUCCGGCGCCGCAUCGCGCCACGCCGAGCUGCGGCGUCCCUGCAGGCUGCGGAAGUCGUGCUGGCAGUGCUGCGAAUGACUCGCCCGCUGUGAAGGUCUCCUCCAUGGACCCCCUGCCUCCAGCCACCCCUCCAACCCAGAAGCCCACCCGCAUCAUCAAGCCUCGCCCGCCCACCCGCCCGCGCCCGUAUCUGCCUCCCAGGCCGGAUUCUGCCAGGCUGGGCCGGGGCCCGACGCCGCCUUUGCCCCCAGAGGGCUCCGCAGGGGAGACGCCGGAUGAUGGGUGCUCCAAGAUUACCGACCUGCCGUACAGCCACCAGCGGCAGCUCCACAAGCUGCAGAAUUCUGGCGCCGUCCGCAAGAUCGUGGUGCACUUCGACCACGUGGGCCUGGAGAAAGGGGAGGUCGGAAAGCCAAUCCAGCCUAGGCCAAACUGCAGCCAAGCACCUGCCCCCGUUGAGAAUGGGGAAGAGAAGAUGGCGGAGGAAAAGGCGGUGCAAAGUCAGUUGGGUCCUUGCGAGGAGCCACCCGUAUCGUGCGUGGUGGAACAAAACGGCGUAGAGUUGUCUGCUUCCUGCCUGUCGGGCUGCCCCUGCAUUUGCCAUCAACAGCGGCCGGGCAUGGUCUUGGCCUGGGUCCCGGCAAAUUCUCGGCAGGCCAAGCAGGAGGACAGCGAGGACGGGCCGGCCUCGGACCUCUCGUCCUCCGCCGAUGAGGGGGGCGCGCCCUUCCAACAUCUCCUUGUGGUCAACGCCCCACCCGCCUGCCCCUCCUCAGCUGCGGGCGGCAGGGCCCUCAAAUCCCGCCGUGCUGCCCGGAGCAAGAAGCCCCCGGACCCGCCCCCCUCGGCCAACGGACACCCCGAAGGUGGUGUGGUGCUGACAGGCUACCGCUCCACCGCCGAGCCCCUUCCGCCGCGCUGCCCGCCUUUGAUGCCCAAGCCGCCCCGCCGCAGCAAGGGGGGGUCCCCUGCUUCUUUGGACGGCGAGGCCCUGCCCCCUGCCAUCCCACCCAAAGCCCCGGUGAAACCGCCUCGCGCCUCUUUAGGGCCUUCGGCCUUUUCUCGCCGGAGUUCCCUGCAGUAUCUGCUGGAGACGAGCCAAGUUCCCGGCGACAUCUCCCCCAUGUCUGUGGGGGAAGGCCUCCUGCUGCCCCCUCCAUCCCAGCCUCCGCCUCCCCCGCCGACGUCCCAGACGCCACCUCCCUUCCUCCUUUCUCAGCAUCAGUCUUCCCCGCCGCCCCCUUCCCAGCCGCCUCCCCCUCUGCCUCAGGGCCUGCCCCCUCCACCAACUCAGCCGCCACCACCCUUGGAGAACUCGCCGUUGGAUGAAGGCCCUUGUCAAGGCGGAUGCGAUCAUGAGGGCUGCUUUUCAGGUGACUCAGAGUCUGGGGCUCCAAAUGACAGAUGCUGCUCAGUGCUGUCCCCGAAGGGCCCGGAGUGGGCAUUUUGCCUGCAAGAUGAGCCUCUGUACCAAACGUAUCGCCAGGCCGUGAUCUCCAAGGAGAUCAAACGGCAGACGGUGCCCCGCAACAGCAGUUUCAGCAGUUCAGACUAUGGGGCCCCUUCUCCCGGCGAAGGGCCAGCCGGGCCUCGUAGCACCCUCCCGCACAGCACACUUUGGCAGGAGCUGCCUGCCGUGCGGGAGAGCGGCCUUCUGGGAAACAUGAGCCCCGAGGAGAGGAAGAUGCAAGAGAGCCUUUUUGAGGUGGUGACCUCGGAGGCCUCGUACCUGCGCUCACUGACCCUUCUGAUUGAGCACUUCAUGGAGUCGCGGGAGCUGGCGGCCACCAUCCUCCUGCGCGAACACCGGAUCCUCUUCUCCAACAUCCGCAAAGUCAAGGAGGUCAGCGAAAGAUUCUUGCAGGACCUGGAGGAGCGCCUGGCUGAGAGCUUGCAGAUUUCAGAUGUCUGUGAUAUUGUGGAGGAACAUGCACAGCAAAGUUUCUCCGUUUACAUUGACUAUGUGCGCAACCAGCUAUACCAGGAGAAGACCUACAGCAUCCUCAUGGAAAAGAACUCCCAGUUUGCUAUUGUCGUCACCCGGCUCCAGGAGCUGCCUCAGUGCCAGCGUCUCCCUUUUAUGUCCUUCUUGCUGCUUCCUUUCCAGAGGAUCACCCGGAUCAAGAUGCUCGUAGAGAACAUCCUGCGCAGAACAGAAGAAAGUUCCCCACGGGAGCAGAACGCCAUGAAAGCCUUGUCCUCUAUUUCCAAGAUCAUAGAAGAAUGUAACUCUGAGGUGGGCCGCAUGCGUCACAUGGAGGAACUGAUCCACAUCGCCAGCAAGAUUGAAUUCGACAAGCUUAAGGCCGUUCCCGUCAUCUCCCAGAGCCGGCAGCUGCUGAAACAGGGCGAGCUGUUGGAGGUGGUGCACCGGGGCACCAUCUUCGGCACCAAGCCCAAACUGGUGCCCAUCUACUUGUUCCUCUUCAACGACCUGCUGCUCGUCACCCAGCGCAAGAGUUCAGAACGCUUUGUGGUGCUGGAUUACGCCCAUCGCUCUCUGGUCCAGGCCCAGGGCUGUGGGGAGUCGUCUGUGAGCCCCAGUGCCGAGAACAGCUUCUACCUGACGCUGAUGGAGAACCACCAGGGACGGAGUAGUGAGCGCCUCUGCCGUGCCCCGACGCAGUCGGACAUGCAUCGUUGGAUGGGAGCGUUUCCCUGCCACGAAUCACAGCCCAACGGUAAACAAGAAAUCAUCUACGAGGACUGGGACUGCCCCCAGGUGCAGUGCACCGAGGCCUACACGGCGGCCCAGGCUGACGAGCUGAGCCUAGAGCAGACAGAUAUCAUCAAUGUGCUACGUAAAACCAACGAGGGUUGGUACGAGGGCCUCCGCCUAGCUGACGGCAAGAAGGGCUGGUUCCCCUCGCGCUACGUGCAAGAGAUCACGAACGAGCACGUGCGUCGGCGCAACCUUCGCGAGCGCUACCGCGUCCUGCAGGCUGCCCGCCAGCUCCAGCUGACGCGCACCAGCCACGUCAAGAGCAAGUACAGUUCGGCCUGAGGGCGCAGAGCCACGGAGUGACCGAUGGGGACGCCGGAGAUGCCGGCCUGUGCACGCGUUAUCUCAAUGCUGGACUCAGACCAAGGUCUUCUUCUGGUCUGCCGGGCGCAAGAGAAGCACUGCCACGGGGAGGUGUCGUCGAGGGCGGUGGCAGGAGGCGGCGUUUACCAUGUGACGGAAAGCCGCUAGAUGGGGAUAAAGCGAUCAUGGUUUUCCACUGUCCAGAGACCACAGCAGCUGUACCGCCAUAAGCACGCCACUAGAGGCAGCAGAGGCGGACCUCCGAACAUGUCUCCUCCGUCUGCUGUUGCCAGAAGGGGGCGAUAGACUGCCGAUACCUUCAGCUCCAUUGCGCCGUGCAUGGAGCUAACUGCUUACCGUUGAGCUACCCUGCCAAGAGCUAGUUCUGACUCCUCCCAGACUGCCCUGCUCGGUUGGGAUCUCAGGACCCAAGGGUAACGAGAACUACAUUUCUUGCCGAGGGGGAGGAGAGCAGUAGGGUGGGCACUGCCCCCCACACACACCAUCUGUCUUGGGGAGGCCAGAUCAUCCCCCAACUGUGACGCCAUUACUAGGCACAGAGUGGUAGUUGAGCCGGGGCUGAAAUGUUUUGGCCCCCUCUUCUGGCCAGCGAAGUUCCUUGUUGUCUCCUCCUCCCGCACUCCCAAGGGUUGACUGACACACACAGCAAGCCAAUGAUCUUCUGCACACAGACGGGCCCUGCCUUUGCCCGUGCCCCUGAGGAACAUGGCCCGUAGGCGCUCCAUCCAAAGGCCCCGUUCUUGCGUGACCCUUUCUUCUCCCUGAAUCGCCUGACCCAGGUGUCUGAAGAGAGCGCCUCCAUCCCAAGGUGCCAUCUGGAACUGGGGGGGACGUGUGCGCACCUGUUCCUGCUCCACGCAACGAGGGCCACCAGCUGGUUGAGUGUGUGAACCAACCCGGAACCCGGUGCACCACCAAGAACUGGACAUUGGCCAAAACCUCGGGGACCCAAUGCCGCUUGCGGACUCAAGAGUUUCCUACCCCCAGCUGUAGAGGAUGUCUUAAGCGCUGUGUGUGCCUUCUCUUUUCCUACUACGCCUUGUUAGGAACCUAACAGCCAAACGCAUUUUGCAAACGGGGCCUGCACUGGAGCUGCACCUAAGCCCCAGCCUAGUGCCAUUUCAGCCAGCUUUUCAGAGAUCUUCCCCGUUUUCCCUUCCCUGGCGUCGGCUCAGGGCCCUCUCUACCUCAGUGGGUAUGCUCCGUUCCAACCAAUUCCCUUUCCUCCCCUAAAGCUCUUGCAGGGAAUCAGGGGCUACUGCCUCAGUCCAGCUCGCAGGCCUAGAAUUGUGCAUUUCUUCUCUUCCGGCGCUGGCGUCUGACCCGCUCCCAUCCCCGAUCUAUUUUCUCCCUAAAUGCUCGCGAUGAAUUUGCAACUAGGGAGCCCUCUUCCUCGCCCUGGAAACAUGGCCACGGACCAGCUUGUAUUUAUUAAUACGAUGUCCUCUUUCGACUCCCACCCUGGAAGAGGAGAUUCCUUAACGCUCUGGUAGCAUCAGGAGGUGUGGAGGAAAAGGUGUUUAAUUUAUUCUGUACCAUAUUUGCCUGCAUUGUUGUCUUUAUUUUGUUUGGUGUGUGUGCGUGCGUGCGUUUUCUAUCACAAUUGCUUGUUGUUGUUGUCUUUUUAAAUAAUGGUGAUGAAGAUGAUGGGGGAA